AUGUCAAAAAUCUUCUCUAUGAUCAAAAAUGAGGUUAACUUAAUUUGUUUUUGUUUUGUUGUUAAAAGUAGUUAAUAAACGAAUUAAAUAGUAACAAUUAUUUGUGAUCCGCGUAAAAGCUGAUGAUAUUUUUUUGGAAUUGUUUACAGGACAACUAAUUUGUGUUAUCGAUUUAAUAAAUUGAAUGGGAGUUGAAAGGUCUACUACUUUUUAACCAGUAGUAAACAUUAGACAUAGCCAAUAUUAAUACACAUAAAGUUUAAAUGGAACUCGAUAAUUCAGUAUGGAGCUAGGUAGAGAGUUUUUGGAUGAACUGAAUGUAGAGCACGUUAUGAAACAAAUUCAUCACAUACUAUUUAGUUUCAAUAUUGAAGAGAACCUGCACUUUUUAAAAAAUUACAAUAACAAUUACUAUGAACAGAAUUCAGAAGAUAACCAAAACGUCAUUUCUGUAUGGUCUGAUAUUGAUUGUGAAAAGGCAUUGUCAUCUUUAGAUAAACAACAACCUUUAGAUCUUUUUAAUUACGAGAAUCCAAGUUGUUACAUUUGCAAUGGCUAUUAUGGUCCAAGCUUUGAUGAGCCAACAUGUGCAACAUGUCAUGCAUUUUUGUACCCUAAUGUAGCACCUGACCAUCCACUCACUAUUGUAAAUGGGUACAGUGAUGAUGACAGUGAUUCUGGAAAUGAUGAGCCUGCUGACAAUUUAUUUCGUCCUAAUGCAUUUAAUUCUGCCAACGAAGAACCUAAAUUUCCAAUGGCAAAAGUAGAGGCUGAAGAUUUAGCUCAAAAUUUGAAAAAGUUAUCCUCUGUGGAUCAUAGAAUUGAUGUCAACUUGGAGGACUUGCCUCCUGAAGUUCUAUCUCAAACACUGAAAUAUUUAGACGAUAUAUCAUUAUGGUGCUUUAGUCAAGUUAAUUCACGUUUUGAAGAUAUAGUUUUAAUGCAGUUUCGCCCUAACAUAUGGAGCAGAUUUGUGCGUAUUAGGUGGCCCCUUCUUUAUGUUGAGAAGGACGAAAGGGACUGGUAUAAUUUGUAUUCGUCAUUAAUGAAAAGCACAUGCUGUUUAAAAUGUGUAAAACAAAUGGCAGCCCAGCAAAGUCCAGCUGGUGAAGAAAAUUCAUGGAGAAAUAACAGGCUUAAGUCAGAACAAAGAAAUUUGCGACUGGAUCCUUUGGAUGGUAUAAACGCAAUGCCUUUGGAUUUUAUGUCUUGUCACUGGUUGGCAUCAAUACAAGGGCCUGCAGGAAGUCCUUAUGAAGGAGGAUUGUUUUUCCUUUACAUUCAAAUUCCUCAUUCUUAUCCAAUGACACCCCCCAUGGUUCGUUUUCUUACAAAGAUCUUACAUCCAAAUAUAUCAAGGCAUGGGGAUAUUGGAAUAGAUUCCAUACAUCAUAAUUGGUCAUUAGCUUUAACACUUAGUAAAAUUUUACUUUCUAUUCAGUCUCUUUUGACUGACCCAUUCUGUGAUGUUUCUUUGGGAUUGUUGCAGAUUUGUAUGGAGCCUGAAAUAGCUGAAAUGUACGAAAAGGACCGAGAUGGCUUCGAGGAACAGGCUCGAAUGUGGACGUGGAAAUAUGCUAUGCAUGAUUUGCGUCCUUUUUAAUUCAAAAACCUCUUAAGUUUUUCAAGGCCCCAUAAUUUAUUACUUAUUAGGAGAAUCUAUUUUAAUUUAUAUAUGCUUGUA